UACUUCGCCGUUAAUGAAAUUUCAAAAACUGCGAAAUAUUCUCCCUGUGUAAUUUAUUGAGCGCCUUUGUUGCGAUUGCUAUCUAUAGAGUAGAAUAAUCGCAAAUUUUGCAUUUGUCAAGGUACCGCUAGCGCAUAAGCUUCAUUUAUGCUUACGCCUGUGCUUAUACUUGCGUCGCUAGUGAGGACCGGGCUAUUUAUUUUGGAGUGAUGGCAAGUCAAGAGAAUAUUGCAUUUUAUUAGAUCGCUGCUGGCUGAGUAGGUCUAAGUCAAAUGGUGGCUGCACUGUCACACAGACAGUAGAACCGACUACUGGCGUGACAGACAGUUACGUGAUUGUUCACGCGAUUUCGAGACAGUUGUACGUGCAAAAUGGCAUCCAUUUCACUUGUCUGUGGUGUAGCGUUGAUUGCAGUGAUUGUUGUAGUGAUUUUAAAGAAAGCCAGAAAAAUUCUCCUAACUUCCAACUGGUACAAACGAAUUUUUGCCGGUGGUGAAGCCCAAUUUGCAGAAACAACCAGGAAAGUGUUCGCUCCCUUGAAAGAAAAGAUUUUCGCUGAUUUGAGCGAACACUUGAAAACAGUAAAAGGCGAUGUUUUGGAAAUAGGCAUCGGUUCAGGGGAGAACUUUGAUUAUUAUCCCCAUGGCACCUCGCUUAUAGCUGUUGAUUGCAAUCCGCACGUACAAGACCGUCUUAAAGCAAGGUUGGAUAAAGCUGCCGACAGAGUCCACUUGAAGAAGUUUGUCGUGGCUUCGGCGGCGCAACUGGAUGUCGACGACAAUUCUGUUGCCGCAGUUGUUUGCACGUUAGUGGUGUGUUCCAUUGAUGACGAUCAAACAAGAAAAACCUUACAGGAAGUGAAACGAGUUCUAAAACCUGGUGGAAGGUUUUAUUUUCUUGAACAUGUAGCAGGAAAGCCAUGGACUCUCCAAUACCUUGUUCAGCAAAUUGUAUCAAAGUCACUCAUUUGGCCCACCGUAUUCAAUGGAUGUCGCUGUGAUCGAGAAACUCUGUCUUGGAUAGAAGAAGCGGGCUUUAAAAUGGUACAGGUUGAGAAGAUAUGGCUAGACUGGACCCCAGGCAUGUUCGCUGGCUGUAGUGCUAUAACGGUUUUGAUUACAAAAGUUGUCUUGUGUUUCGUAAAGUCGAUACUCUUUGGGUUUGCAGAAAAGGGAGAAGACACUGAAAAGAAAAAAUCAUUGUGACUUUUGAUAUAGAUAGUUAUAUCAUUUUGUUAAGAGGCUCGUUUCUAAGGGCAAUUAAAUGUGCGUAAUUUUGAUUGAGGUUUUUUUAGAUUUGAGGCAUCAGAUCGUGUGAAAUGUCAUUUCAGAGUUUUGUGAUGUUUGACUACGAAACAGGUAGAAAAAAAUUAAAUGUUAGGUCGUGUAUUCGUUGCCCGCAUUUUCCCUCGUCCCUUCAGGGAUCUCUGUCGGAAAAAUACUACACAACUCGUAAAUGUUAUCCUAACUUAUUGCAUGUCAAACUAGUGCAUAAGUUUUAUGUAUCACAUAGUUUCUUACAGAGUAUGCUUUUGAUUUUCAGACUGUUGUCGUUCCUCUCUUGUCUGAGAAGGUGUUAUUUCAAUUUGGGUUUGCAACGAUAUACUUUUAUAUAAUUAGUAAGUAAAUGAGUCCAUCAAUCAAUCAAUCAAUCGAUCGAUCGAUCGAUUAAAUUAGCAAUAGCUUACUGGACACAUACCUUUAACGAUAAAAGCUACUUUAAAUUCUAAGUGAACAUUGCAAUGAUAGCACAAUUAUAACAUAUUGCAGCUGAUAUACAUGAUUUUUCAUCAGCGUUAUAACGGCUGAAAUGAAAAGAAAGAAACUAAUACAAUGUGUAUCUUUGUCUGUGAAAUAAAAGCGAGAACUGUCAGGGUCUGUUAGAGCAUGUAGAUACUUGUGAUACUUAGACCCUGUCCACACAACGCAGCAGGUGUUUGAGGUUUCACUCUGAAAACGCAUCGA